UCUAAAAUUGGGAAAUAUGGCUGACUUCGAAUGGCCAUGGCAAUACAAAUUCCCACCUUUCUUCACAAUCCAGCCUAAUCUUGAAACAAGGAAGAAACAGUUAGAAGCAUGGUGCUCAUUAAUACUAUCAUACCAUAGACAUACAAAGAGUUAUAGUUUAAAUAUAACAGAAGCUCAAAGUUCACCAUUAUUUUAUAAUAAGUCACUCAGCAGGAAAUUACAUGUAGAUGGUAUAUAUACAAUUUUAGACGAAUUGAAUAAAAGGGGUCACAUAGAAUGGAAAGAUAAAAGUAAAAAAGAAUGUUUAAUUAUGUGGAGAACACCAGGAGAAUGGGGAAAAACCAUCUAUAAAUGGGCUGAUGAUAAAGGAAUGAAGAAUACAGUUUGUACUAUGUAUGAAAUAACAAAUGGAGAAGACUCUGAAAAUACAGAAUUUCAUGGCUUAGAAAAUUGGUUACUACUUAGAUCUCUAAAAUGUCUGCAGACUGAAGGAAAAUGUGAAAUUAUGGCUGGAAAUGAAGGAGUUAAAUUUUUCUGAUUAGUUUAUAUUCUAAACAAAAGUUUGUCCUACUCUAGAGUGCUACAAGGGUUAAUUAAGAAGCAAGAGACUUUUAAUCGCCCAUCAGUAAAGAGUACAUAUUCUUCUUCAACAAAGCUUUAUUAUUAAUGCAAUUUCCUUGAAUAAGUAUGGAUAUCUAUAAUCGAUCAUUCUCAAAUUCAUUGCUAAUUCUAGUUGCAAAAAAAUAAUUAGGAAAUAAAACAUUCUCUUGUCCACUUUAGUGGAACUUUUAACCAUUUCCUUUUUCUUUAUUUAAAUGUGAAUAAAUGUUGUAAACCUUAAAUGUUAGAAAAACGAUUAAUAAUAAUCACAAGAUUCUUUUUCAUAGAAAAAAAAUCACUUAAGUAAAAGAGCAGGGUGGACUGUACUUGUAUUCUAUAUAUUCUAACUUUGUGGGAUUCAUUGGCUAGAACUAAGGACAAACCAAAUUCAAUAUUGUGUGACCUUUUUUUAACCCUCAUUGUUUUUCUGCGGUGACUUGGUCACUUUAUGUGGACAUUGUCGUCACAUGCCUGUCCAAUUUUCCUUGUGAACACAAUGUGUGUAUGAAAGCUAGCUUCUAAACACAAAACAUGACAAAGUGCUUGAUGGAAAGUUUUAAAACUCUUUGGGAUUGUUCGUUUUUGAAUUUCCAAAUUUCAGGAUCAUAAAUUUCGAACACAGGUAGCUAAGUUAUAUUUCUACUCAUUUUUUGACGGAUAAAUCUUGUGAACAGGGAUACAGGACAAAGUUCUCAAUGUAAUUUUUUACUAAAUGCUGGAGUAAUCUUUCUGUUCACAUUUUGACUGUUAAAUUUUAUUACAGGACAAAGUUCUCAAUGAAAUGUUGUAAACUUUGUAUCGUUGUUCAUUGGGGCAUAAGGAAGAUUGAAUUUCAAAAUUUUAGAACCAUAAACUUCAGACACAUUUCAUGGAGUUGGGUUGGGUUAUAUGCCAUGGUCUGACUUUAGCUAAAAAAAGAAGACCACCUGCAUACAGCCCACUUGAAUUAUAUUAAAGGACAAUAUUGGUGUCAGUGAUAUGUGAUAGAACUAGUUAAAUACAUCCCAAAUAUAAUUUUAACACAGAGAUCAUUGCUACGGGAG